AUGAUCGUCGAACUGGGCCAUUACGCGCUCGUUCUGGGACUGGCGCUGUCGCUGGCUCAGAUGAUCGUGCCGAUGAUCGGCCUGCGCACCAACAAUGCGCGCAUGCUUGCCGUCGCGCCGUCGCUGACGGUGGCCACCUUCCUCGUCGUCGCGGUCUCGUUUGCAGCGCUGACCUGGGCCUAUGUUACGUCCGACUUCUCGGUUCGCAACGUCUGGGCCAACUCGUUCUCCGACAAACCGUUGCUUUUCAAGAUAACCGGCGUCUGGGGCAAUCACGAAGGCUCGAUGCUCCUGUGGAUACUGACGCUGGCGCUGUUCGGCGCGCUGGUCGCCUUCUUCGGCGGCAAUCUUCCCUCGCGCCUCAAGGCGGCGGUGCUCUCCGUGCAGGGCUCGGUGACGGUCGCUUUCGCGCUGUUCAUCCUGUUGACGUCCAACCCGUUCGAGCGUCUGUCGCCGCCGCCGCUCGAAGGGCGCGAUCUCAACCCGAUCCUUCAGGACAUUGGCCUGGCGAUCCAUCCGCCGCUCCUUUAUCUCGGAUAUGUCGGCUUUUCCAUCUGCUUCUCCUUUGCCGUUGCGGCGUUGAUCGAAGGCCGCAUCGACGCGGCCUGGGCGCGCUGGGUGCGGCCGUGGACGCUUGUGUCCUGGGUGUUCCUGACCGCAGGCAUUUCGAUGGGCUCCUACUGGGCCUAUUACGAACUGGGCUGGGGCGGCUGGUGGUUCUGGGAUCCGGUCGAAAACGCCUCCUUCAUGCCGUGGCUGAUCGGCACCGCGCUGCUCCAUUCCGCGCUGGUGAUGGAAAAGCGCGAGGCGAUGAAGGUCUGGACCAUCCUGCUCGCCAUCCUCGCCUUUUCCUUCUCCCUUCUCGGCACGUUCCUCGUCCGCUCGGGCGUUCUGACCUCGGUGCAUUCGUUCGCCACCGAUCCUCAGCGCGGCCUGUUCAUCCUGAUGAUUCUGGUCUUCUUCAUCGGAGGAUCGCUGAUCCUGUUCGCGCUGCGCGCCGGAACCCUGCGCAAUGGCGGCAUGUUCCAUCCCGUCAGCCGCGAAGGGGCGCUGGUUCUCAACAACCUCUUCCUGACGACGGCGACCGCGACCGUGCUUGUCGGCACGCUCUAUCCGCUUCUGGUGGAAGCGGUCUCCGGCGAGAAGAUCUCGGUCGGCGCGCCCUAUUUCAACUACACCUUUAUCCCCUUGAUGAUCCCGCUCCUGAUGGCCGUGCCGUUCGGACCGCUUCUGGCAUGGAAGCGCGGCAAUCUGGCCGCCGCCGCCGAACGGCUCUGGCUGACCGCCGCCAUAUCCCUGGUGGCCGCGCUCGCCAUCGCAUGGCUGAUCUAUGACGCGCCGGUCCUGUCCGCCUUUGCCUACGCGCUCGCCUUCUGGCUGAUUGUCGGCCCGUUCGCCGAUGUCUGGCAGAAGGCCGGGUUCGUCAAGAAUGGCUGGUCGACCGGCUGGGCACGCCUCAAGGGCCUGCCGCGCGCCAGUUGGGGAACCGCGCUCGCACAUGCCGGGCUCGGUAUCACGACGCUCGGCAUUGUCGGCGUGACCACGCUCGAGGACGAGACCGUGCUGCGCAUGACGCCGGGCGAGACGACGAGCUUUGCCGGGUAUGAUGUCGAGUUCAAUUCGCUGACGCCGGGCAAGGGUCCCAAUUUCACCUAUGACAAGGGCAUCUUCACGAUCAGCCGCGACGGCCGCGUGAUCGGAACGGUCGAGCCGGAAAAGCGUGUCUAUGUCGCAAGCCGGAUGCCGACGACCGAAGCGGGCAUUCAGACUGUCGGCCUGUUCAGCCAGUAUUAUCUGGCGCUGGGCGAUGCCGUCGAAGGGUCCGAGGACAUCGUGGUGCGCAUCUGGUGGAAACCGUGGGUGACGCUGAUCUGGUACGGCACGGUCGUCAUGGUCGCUGCGGGCCUUAUCUCUCUUUCCGACCGGCGCCUUCGGAUCGGUGCACCGGUUGCCGCGCGCCGCAGGCGUCAAGAGGCGUUGGCCGCCGCAAGGGCGGAGCCGGCCGAAUGA